AUGACUGCUGAACAAAUUAAAGCGUUAAAAACUAAGCGCGGUAAUGCCAAGCGAUCGUUAACGACAUAUGAAAACUUUCUAAAGAAAUUUGAUCCGUCGAAAGAUUUUCCAAUCCUUGAGAAGCGGUAUAAAGAAAUUGAGACGGUUCGGAAAUUAUUUGAAGAAUAUCAACUUGAAUUAGAGGCACUUCUUGAGGAGUCUGAAGAAUUAACCGCAUAUCGCACCGAAUUCGAAAAUCUAUAUUAUGAAACUUACGCAAUCGCGACGAACCUUCUUUCAGAACAACGCAAGCGAGACACUUCUUUGGUUUCGUCUCCAACAACCUCGAGUCCUUCUGCAACCUCCAGCUCGUCACUCUCGGUAUCUCAAGGCGUUGUAUCGUCAAUUGCAGCUCAGCUUGUUAAUACCGUUCCUAUCCCUUCUGUAACUAUCUCUCCUUCGAAUCAAUCGGCUGUGUUAUCAACUCCCACACCGGUUAAUAACAAUUUUACCGCACCUCAUGCAUUUAACCAUCCUAUGAGUAUGUUACCUGCUUUACCGACCAUCACUCUACCUACCUUUAGCGGGUCCUUUGACACUUGGUUGGGAUUUUAUGAUCUGUUUAACUCGUUGGUCAACGAGGAUCACAAUAUUCCACCUAUACGAAAAUUAAUCUACCUAAAGGGUUGCUUAACUGGCGAAGCGGCCAACGUAAUAUCUUGUCUUGAAACGUCAUCUCAAAACUACGAGGUAGCGUGGGGCUUACUAAAAGAACGGUACGAUGACAGAAGAUUUAUACGGGACAGUUACAUAAAAUCUUUGCUGGAUACUCCUCCAAUCUCAAAGGAGUCUUCUAUCCGAUCAUUUCUUGAUCACAUACAACGGCAUCUGCGUGUCUUAAAUCAGCUUGGUGAGCCCACCGAUUAUUGGGACUCAUUAUUGAUCGUGCUAUUCGUAAGCAAAUUUAACAAUUUUAUGCGGGAGCGAUGGGAGGAAUUCAGUUGUGGCGUAAGUAAACCCACAAUGAAGCAGAUGCUUACCUUUUUAACAAAGCGCGCUCAACUUGAAGGUUCUAGGGCUCAAGCACCUGCGCCUCCUCCAAAUAAUUCUAGGCAAGCACCGUCAAACGGACGAGCUCAAUCGCGUUCUCAGCAAUCGUUCGCAGCUUCUACCUCUCAAAAUCGCUGUCUCUAUUGUCAAGGUGGCGAUCAUUAUAUCUAUUCGUGUAAGGGCUUCGCAGCUUUAUCACCGUUUGCUCGCUAUGAAGCGGCAAAAGGGUCUAAUUUAUGCACUAAUUGUCUUCGUAAGGGUCAUCACUCUUCACAGUGCCCUUCAGGAAAGUGUCAAGCGUGUGGUUAUAGACAUCAUACUCUACUUCACUUCGAUAAAUCAAAACCUGAAAUGCCGCCUUUGAAUGCAUCUGCGACGGCCUUCGAUAUGCCUAAAUCGACUAUAAAUAUGCACGCUCAGGUCUCAUCUGAAGCGUUGCUAGCUACAGCUAUUGUGGACCUUGUAAAUAAGCAAGGAAAAAUCAGGCAAUGCCGAGUAUUCCUGGAUGCAGGAUCUCAGGCGCACUUUAUCACAGAAAAGGCUGCUAAGUUCUUAAAUCUGGAUAAAAAGGCGGUAAACAUCUCAGUAACUGGGGUGGACAACACCUCUACAAGUGUCAAACACUCUGCUCGCGCCACUUUAAAAUCGCGUCAUAGCAAAUUUCAAAAAAUUGUUGAAUUUUUAAUUGUUCCCCAGAUCAGCCAGUCAAUGCCAUCCAUUGCCAUUAAUGUAACUCAGCUCGAAAUACCUAAAAAUAUAUCCCUCGCGGACCCAGAGUUCUAUAAGCCGUCUGAGGUCGAUGCUCUGAUCGGAGUGAAGCUCUUUUAUAAGCUCCUUAGUGUGGGACAAAUUUCCCUCAAAAAUCAUCCCGACGCUGUUCUGCAUAAAACGCUGCUUGGGUGGAUAGUUGCUGGGGAAAUAAACAGCAAUUUGAGCGUUUCCAACGUGUCGUGUCAUCUUAAUUUAAACUCACCAUCGUCUGAUAUCUCUUUAACCCGAUUUUGGGAGGUGGAAGAAAUUCCGUCUGUUGCAAUCUUAUCUUCGGAAGAAAAGGCUUGUGAAGAGCACUAUAAGCUUCAUACCACUCGGACUGUAGAGGGUCGGUAUGUAGUUCGCUUGCCGUUCAACAGCAAAAAGAGCAGACUAGGCGAUUCAUAUUCGUCAGCCUUAAAAAGAUUUUUUGCGCUAGAAAGGCGUUUCCAACGAGACCAUGCAAUCAAGCAUGAUUACCUCGAAUUUUUGCGGGAGUAUAAAGAGUUGGGUCACAUGUCGGUGUCCGAUGACUUAUGUGAAGAUCAUUUAGGGUUCUAUCUCCCUCAUCAUGCUGUCCUAAAGGACGACAGCAUCACCACCAAGAUCCGUGUAGUCUUUGACGGUUCUGCGAAAACAUCUACGGGAAUUUCCUUGAAUGACACUUUAAUGGUUGGUUCACAACUUCAGGAUAGUUUAUUUACAAUACUCACUCGUUGGCGAUCUCACCCUUACGUGCUCACUGCCGACGUAGAGAAGAUGUACAGGCAAAUCCUCGUACACCCCGAGGAUGCAAUCUACCAAAAAAUUCUGUAUCGCGAAACCUCUCAAGAGCCCAUUAAGACCUGUUUGCUGAGCACAGUCACCUAUGGCACUGCUUGUGCGUCUCACUUAUCAGUGCGCACCCUUCAUCAACUUGCUUACGAUGAAGGUCCUGCAUACCCUCUGGCUGUCAUCGCUCUGCUGAGGGACUUCUACGUCGACGAUUUGUUUACCGGCGCUAAAACUCUCGCAGAAGCAGAGUGCAUACGUGACGAAUUAAUUAAUUUAUUGAAAAGGGGCAAAUUCCGUCUUCGCAAAUGGGCCUCCAACGAGCCUGCCCUUAUCCAAAAUUUACCUCAGGCCUCAGAGGGAACCCACAUGUCCCUGGAUCCUGACGCUACCAUCAAAACUCUCGGUAUACGGUGGAGUCCUCGGGACGACACACUCUUCUACACUAUUAGCGCGCCUGCUUCCGAGGCCACUACCAAGCGUGCAAUUUUAUCACAAAUUGCGAAACUAUUUGAUCCACUAGGCCUCCUUGGCCCUAUAAUUGUCUAUGCUAAGAUAAUAAUGCAGCUUUUGUGGAAGGCUGGACUGGCCUGGGAUGAAUCAAUCCCGAUCUCAAUUCACUCACUAUGGGCCCAAUUUCGGGCCCAGUUGUCUAUGAUUGAAGAGCUGCGUUUCAAGCGCAGCGUUGCUUUCUCGGGAGCAGUCGAUGUCCAAUUGCAUGGAUUUUGUGACGCAAGCGAGCGAGCAUACGGAGCAUGUAUCUACAUCCGCUCUAUCGAUGAGGCUGGGCAUGUUCGUACUCAUCUGGUUUGUUCAAAAUCACGAGUUGCCCCAGUGUCAUCACUAUCAUUACCUCGAUUAGAGCUCUGCGCUGCGUUAUUGCUUUCCAGACUCUAUGACGUAGCUAUUAAAACCCUAUUGUUGGAUAUUAAGGACGUUUACUUAUGGUCUGACUCGACUAUCACACUUCAUUGGAUAAAUACCCCUCCUCAUCUACUAAAAACCUUCGUUGCCAAUCGAGUGGCGGAGAUUCAGAGGCUUUCUCAUCGUUGCCAUUGGCGCCACGUGUCUUCUCAAGACAAUCCCGCGGACUCUAUUUCGCGUGGCCAAACUCCGGCUGAGUUCGUGGCCAACAGCAUCUGGCAGACUGGCCCAAGUUGGCUGCAGUGCGAGCCUAGCACUUGGCCCAAGGGAGCUCUCCCUUCAAUCGACAUUCCAGAAAUGAAGCCUAUAAUUCCCGAUCGCGUGCUUUGUAUGAAAAUAGAGUGCGGACUCAAUGAUCUGCUCGAAAAAUACCACUCUAGCCAUAAAUUAAAACGGGUAGUGGCUUACGUAAUGCGUUUUGUUUACAACGCUCGCCAUAAAAAUCAUCGCAGAUUUGAUCGAUUAAGUUUACAGGAGCUACAACAAGCUCAUGAUCUCAUAAUAAGGAUUACUCAGCACUCCGCCUUUCUGAAAGAAAUAAAGCAACUAAAAAACAAUGAAGUUAUCUCCGACAAUAGUAAAUUAAUUCCGUUAAAUCCCUAUCUUGACGAGCAAGAUCUCCUAAGAGUAGGAGGAAGGCUGGCUCGUUCCUCGCUAACUAAGGAGCAGCAACACCCCCUGCUCUUACCAGCUCGUCAUUAUAUAACGCGUCUUAUCAUAACCGAAGAGCACGUGCGGCUGAAGCAUGCUGGCACUCAAGCCACCCUAUACUCGGUGCGUCAAACGUAUUGGCCCUUAGACGGUCGCAACAUUACGCGAAAAAUUAUCUAUCGUUGCAUUACCUGCUUUCGAGCGAAACCGCGUGCCGCUGAUCACGUCAUGGGAAUCCUGCCUGAACCCCGUGUCACCCCUUCCCGUCCUUUCCUCCGUGUUGGAGUCGACUACUGCGGUCCUUUAUACAUAAAGGAAAAACGCUUUCGCAAUCGUAGCCGAUUGAAGGUUUAUGUCGCAAUUUACGUAUGCAUGUCAACCAAAGCAGUUCACUUAGAACUAGUAAGUGAUCUCACCACCGAGGCCUUUAUUGGCAGCCUCCGAAGAUUGUUUUCAAGGCGUGGAAAAUCUCUCGAGAUAUACUCGGAUAACGCCACGAAUUUCGUCGGGGCAAACCGUGAGCUUAAUGAACUGCAAACAUUGUUUAAUUCGGAGGAGCAUAAGAACUCCGUCCUAAGUUUUCUUACGUCCGAAAGGAUAACUUGGCAUUUUAUUCCCCCUCGUGCCCCCCACUUCGGUGGGCUCUGGGAGGCCGCCGUAAAAUCUUUUAAGCAUCAUCUGAUUCGUACAGUUGGUGAUACGCUGUUAACAUUUGAACAGCUCGAGACGUGCGUUAUAGAAAUAGAAGCAAUUUUAAAUUCCCGCCCUAUUUCUCCUAUGUCCUCUGAUCCAAAUGACCUGCUCUCCCUUACCGCUGGUCAUUUCCUAGUUGGUGGCCCUCUGACAAGCUUUCCUCAGGACGACCUCACCGACACACCAUCUAAUCGCCUAUCAGCUUGGCAACAUGCUCAGCAGCUGAAGCAACAUUUUUGGAAGCGCUGGCACAAGGAAUACCUACACCAGCUCAUAACCCUGAGCGGGCACCUCGACAAAUCGAACGGUCUACAGGUUGGUUCACUGGUGCUUAUUGUGGAAGAAAAUCUUCCUCCACUUCAAUGGGCGCUAGGGCGCAUUACCGCAGUACAUCCCGGAGCAGACGGCAUCAUCAGGGUGGUUACCGUGAAGACUUCCACCGGCGAAUACAAACGCUGCACCAAACGCGUGUGCCCAUUGCCCCUUGACUAG